AUGCGGGUCAUGCCCAUCAUCCGGAGCAGAACCGGCUGCUUCACCUGCCGCCGCCGCAAGAAAAAGUGCAGCGAGGAGAAGCCGAUCUGCAGCGGAUGUCGGCGGAACAAGUUGGACUGUCGCUGGCCGGCCGAGACGUCGCCCACCAGCCAGCACCUGCGCACGAAGCCCUGGUCGUCGGCGGACACGAAGCUGUCGUCCGACAGGAGCUCGAGUAUCGCGCCGCCGACGAGCUCCGAGAGCCAGCCGCCGCCGCCGCCGCCGCCGCAGGUUGACCAUUCUCAUCCGGACUCCUCGCCUGUCGGCUCGCGCCACCGCGAGGCUGAGCCUUCUCCCAUCCUUUAUCACUCCCCUACCGGCGCCGGGCCGGACCUGGAAGCCGACGAUGAGGAGGCGUCCAUGGAUCCCGACAGGCCUCCGUCGUCGUCCUCGUCGCAUUCGACCGCCUCCUCCCUCCGCACCCAGCAGCGGCAACUACCCGUCCAUGCCGUGGACGGCGCCGACCGGCUCACCCUCGUUCGUCAGGGCGCCUUCCCGGACGACGUGGUGCACCCUACCAUCGCCGCGCCCAUGACGCUGCUCCCAUCCCACAGCCCUCACUCGUACGACCUGCUUCGCUACUACCUCUCGCGGACCGCCAACAGCAUGGGCAACGGUUCCACCGACGUCAACCCCUUCGUCGCCAAGCUCAUACCCUUGGCCUUCUCCAGCCCUCUCGUCUUGCAGCUCAUCCUCGCCCAGAGCGCGGCCCACCGUCAGGCCUCGAAGGAGCCGGGGCCAAGCAACGAGAUAGCGCAGCGAUACUACACCGACUCACUCGGCAUGUUUCGCAGCGUCGUCGGGGAGCACGUGUCGGGAAAGGACGACAACACCCUGACGCUGACGGUCGGCAGUCUGAUUCUCUGCCUCACCGAGGUCGCCCGAGGGGACAUAUGCGGAACCAUCUUUGACCAUCUCGCGGCGUCGAGGUCGCUGCUGACGACCUUGCUGAGCAGGCACAGGUCCGACCUGUCCGACGACCUCGCCGGCUUCCUGGUCGAGUACUACAUGCACACGGCCGCGUCGAGCAUGCUCUCCAUCGAUCCGCGAAGCAAUCAAUCGUCGCUGCCGAGCCCGAACAUCGAGGCGUCGGCCAGGGCCCUCGUCGACGGCCACUACAUGGGUCAGCUCUGCGGCUGCUGGCUCGAGCUCCUGAUACUUAUACCCCAAGUCUUCCACCUCGGCCAGCGGAUGACGGCCAACGCGGCGGAUCAGACCAACUUUCCCUCCGCCGACGACAUCAUGACCUUUGGCUUCCUCCAGUCGCAGAUCCUCGCCUUCUUCCCGUCCCCCAUGGCGGCCACGCACAGCCAGCUCGCCGGCCUCGUCUUCAAGCAGGGCGCCCUCCUAUACCUCUGGAGCAUCUUGGGCACGCCCCACCAGGCGGGCGCCAACAGCUCCCAUCGGACCCUCAUGGAGGGUGCCAUAGCCGAGGUCGUCGCCGCCCUGAGCCAGAUUCCGGCCACGGCCAGGGUCAACACGAGCCUGUGCUGGCCGCUGGCGGUCGUCGGCUGCUGCACGGCGGACCCCGCCGUCCGGGACGUCGUGAAAGGUCGCAUCCAGACGAUGAUUGACUCGAUCGGGCUCGGGAACAUCAGGGAGACGCUGGCGCUACUCGAGAACGUUUGGAGACAGCCACUCGAGCAGGUGAGCCCGUGGACGCUGCACCAGGCGAUGCAAGACCACCAGAUCUGGAUAUCCUUGGCGUAA